UUUUUAAUUCAUGUAAUAUGUAUUCUUUUUGACACUGUAUUCGUCUUGUCGAUAUCGCAAUAAAUACAGAAAAAUGUUUGCGAAUAAUACGAUAAUCUCUUUAAACUCUCUGGACCUUGUAAGAUGAUUGUGGCAUUUAAUUUUGAUAAUUUUAGUGGGAUAAUAUCCAUGAUUGACAUACUGCAUCAAAACAUUUUUAUACACAAGUCUAACUUGUUUAUGUGAAUAUUACGUGUUACAUGUGUAUCCAUAGGAUGUCAUAUAUUACAGAUUGUCUUAGCUGACUAUGCCAUACAUUUUAGUACGUGGUAACCUAGCGUCAUAUAGUCAUAAAUAUCCCUGGAGGGUUCUUGUGUCAGGGCUUAAAGCGGCUGACAUAGAGCAGUUGAGUCGCUUUACAUCUAUCGGUUAUUGCGACGAUUCGACGAUAGUAUAUUUGCAACAUCCUUGCAUAAUAUUGAGUGCUUUAGAGGUACUUGGUUACAAAGUCAUCGCAUCUUCCAGUACUAGCAUUAAGCAGGAUUAUAAUGAGUACAUGUGGACUAUGAGAAAAGAAUUUACAGAACCUGAACCUGAUAUUGCUGUAAAGGCUGAAGUAAAGCACAACGAGGUAUAACGAUACUUUUAGCGCGGCAAUGGCAACCACGUCCAACGUCACGUCUAAAAAGGACGGCGCCGACGAGGACGACGACACUUUCUAUUACGUCGGUGUAAAGGCGUCCCCGUUCGCGGCCGAUUGCGCUGUGUUUGGUUUGCCCUCG